AUGGCCGGAAAAGCGGAUGGUCGAGGGGCGAAUAACGCACCCACGCAGCCACGCUCUCCACCUCGCCCGACAUCUCCGAAGGUUGACCGAGACCAGUGUGACAAGGCGCGGGAUGUCAACCAGUCCCGUGACCAUGAUCAUGAUAGCCAUAGUAGAUAUGACAAGACCGGUGCUUCAUCGCCAACCACCCGAGACAGCGAUGAUGACCAGCCUGGCCAGCCUCCCAGGAAACGACAGAGAGUCAGACUGUCAUGUUUAGAGUGUAGGCGAAGAAAGCUGAGUUGCGAUCGAUCUAUGCCAUGCGAGCGUUGCAUCAGAUCCGGGACUCCUGAGAUCUGCUCUUAUGAGACUCGACCGGGUCUCGCUCCGCCGGCAAAGAAUGGACUCAGUCAGGGGGCACUAUCUAGUUUCGAAUCUAGACUCUCUCACCCUCCGCCUCCGCCAGGGGAAUAUCGAAGGGACUCUAUCCUAUCUCGAGACAGCGAUCGAAUACGUCGUCUCGAGAGCGAAGUGGCUCAGCUGAAGAACCUUCUUCUGGCCAAGGUCGGCGGCAGCUCGUUUGAUGGAAGUGCAACUCUGGCAGAUGGCUCACCUGCCGAGCACCCGAAGCCGGACUACGCCUCCGAAAUAGUGCCUGGGACACCACCUCCUCGUCCGCCCAACAACCCCGAGCAGGACAAUGCUGCCGAGGAGGAUGAGCUUCGGUUCUUCCGAGGCAAAGAGUUUAAAACUCGCUACUUUGGCCCCCACAAUGCCUACAUGGCAUUUAGUGAGCUGACAAGCCUUUACCCCUUCAUGAAGGAGACCGCUGAUGAGUGGCUAAGCCCGCUACAUAUUCCCAAAAACAAAGACCGUAAUCAGCGGAAGCUCGAUCGUGAGAGGAAGGCGAAGGAGCCAGACCCGACGCUGGAAGCUUUGCUGCCGACCAAGCAGGAGACAGACAUUCUUGUUGAGGUUUACCUGGAGCAGUUUGAGCAGGUGUACCGUAUCAUACACACGCCAACUUUUCGAAAAUCAUAUGCCAGAUUCUGGGAUCCAAUGCUGCCGAGAACUGCGUCCUUCACCGCUCUAAUGCUUGUCAUGAUCUCGGUGUCUUGCUGCCUGCAUGGUAACACAUCGGGGACACUCGUGGGCUCCGUUUCUCACGCUCAUUACAUGGCCGAGAAAUGGACCAACGCUUGUGAGAACUGGCAUAGGAAUCAGAGUGAGAAGCAUCGGAAACUAAUCCACCUCCAGAUAGCGUGCCUGAUUCAUCUUUCAAAGAGAGUGAACAUCUUGAAGAAGAAGCGCUUUUGGAAAUCUGCUGGAGCGUUGGUUCAAGAUGGAAUUUCUGUGGGUUUGCACCGCGAUCCUAGCCACGUUAGCGAUAAAAUUUCCGUGUACAACCAGGAAAUGCGGCGACGGCUCUGGGCAACCAUCCAAGAGUUUGACCUUCAAGCAUCCUUCGACCAUGGCCUUCCGAGCCUGCUCAGCUCCCUUCAUUUUGACAUUACCCCGCCCAGAAACAUUGAUGACGAGGAGUUUGAUGAGGACGUCAAAUCGCUGCCCAAAUCAAAACCACCAAAUGUCUACACUUUUUCCUCGUUUCAGCACCUCAGCCGCCAAAGUCUGCCACUUCGUCUUGAGCUUAGCCGUGUGCUCACUGGGUCGCCGGAAGAGCUGGAUUAUGAGCGCGUGAUUAGGUAUACCAAUGAGAUAACGCAGGAAAUCGACUCGCUGCCCUCCUGGGAUCUCAUGGCUGCACCUACCUUGGGAUCUGGUACAGCUCCUGGCAGCAGCUUGAGCAGUCAAAUUUCUGUGUCAAGCCGUCGGCCGUUGCUUGCAUACACGCUCCUGCACAUACAGUUGCGACAAUACAUCAUACCGCUACACCAACCGUACCUACGCCUCAGAAAGACAAACUCCAAGUAUCAAUACUCUGAGAUUGUUUACUAUAAUGCCGCUAGAGAUAUGGUACUGCUGCACGAUAAGUUGACUGAGCAGGGAGUCCGAACCCUCAGCUUCCUUCGAGAGGACGCAUUGACCCUGUCCAUCAACCUCUGUAGUGUAACCAUGCUGCAGCCAAGAGGGUCCACCAAUAUGGUCAUGGUCAACUCGGAACACACCCUCCGACUUCUUGAGAAGUGUCUCGGCAUGAAAGAAGACCGCGUACUUCGGUGCGGAAAUCAUGAGCCGUGGGCCUAUUCUAUCAUGUGUGCUGCUUAUGGGCUUCUCGAGGCCCAUUUGGGAGUGAAGACAGCCGAGGUGGCCAAGGCAGGAGCAGCAGAGCGCUUCGUGAAUCUACACUAUCGGCUAGUCAAGGGUGAAAACCCACCCGCUUCAUCGAUGCAAUCAAUCCUGUCAAACAGAGGCGCUCUGCAGCAACCGCAGAACUACGAGGGCGGAGAGAGGCAAAAGUCCAUUACGCCUUUUGCUAUUCCUAGCUCUCAAGGCUCGGCAAUGAAUGGAGUUCACCCUGGAGAGGCUCCGCCGACUCCUUGGUGGCUCAAUCCCGUGGUUGAUCCAAGUAUACCUGCACUGCCACAAUCUUCAUUCAAUCCCGAAUUCAAUCUUGAAAACCUCGGCCUUAAUUUGAACGAUCUUUGGAGUGAUGCUACCUUGGGAUUCUCCAACUGA